UCCCACAUCCUGGUACUUUCUAUCGUUGUCAAGGCAGCUACAGAGAGAAAGGCAGGCUCGCGGAAAGUAGCUACUGCAGUGUCCUGGCAGAAUAUCUGUCCAAACGUUCACAAACUGUCCCGGAAAGUUAAGUGUAACUAAAAGCUCGUUUUCUAGAGACGGGGAGCGGACACAGACAGGCGCCAGUCUGUGUGGACAGAGGAGGACGAUCUUGUCCAUUGUGCCCGCUGCAAGAGACACACAGCCAUAGCACACAGAUCACGCAUGAAUUUAUCGAGGGUCCUGACCCAUGUGGAUGAUGAGAGUGAUGUCAGCUGCAGAAACAUCACAGAGACGGCCAGCAUUCACUUGUGAUGUGUAGCUCGGACGCACUCGUCGUAGGAGGGAUGAUUUCGAACUGACCAAAAGCAGAAUAAUGAACUGAAUUACAAAGGGACGCCCUGGUCGGCAGAAGUUGGACGGAAACCACGUUGGAGGUCUGGUGUCCAGCAAGCCAGCAAUGCAGCAGCAGGGCACUGAUGUCUGCCCAUCACAGACGUCUGGCUGCGAGGCCGCCCCCUGCUCCCCAGUGCAAAGGAAGCAGAAUUCAGGCAACGCGGUGAAUGUUUCUCAGGCCUCGCUGAGGGAGAAAGCACCAGUUCAGGAUGCAGGGGACAUGAGUCCAAGCCAAAAAGAGAGAUGGUUUCAAACGAUGAAACUCAACCAAGUUUUGCCACAGUUUACCGCGUCAGGUCACAUUGCAGAUGGAACCAGUGCAUUUGAUAAUGAUUCAGUGAAAUGCCAAUCUUCAGGAGGCCCUCUAGGUGGCUCUAUUACCUCACCUCAAUCCAGAUCCAGUGAAACUACCUUGGACAUCAGUGCCCCCUCAGUGCCUCCAAAUAGAGUAACAUUGCACCCAUCAGGGACGACGGAAGCGUGCCAGCUACAAUCCAAAAUGUCCACAAAAGGCAGCUCCUCCACAGCUACACCCCAUCCGGGUGUUCCCAGGCCGGCUGUACCGUCACCUAAAGCACAACAAAAGCCACAAGUAGGAUGCAAUCAGCCGAAACCUUUAAACGUUGAGGUCACCGCAGGCCUCAAAACCGCGUCGUCCACCCACCUCGCCUCCCUCAAGGCUGGGAGGAGUGGAGCGGCGAACGACGCGAGUCAGGUCGGACUCAAAACGAGUGCCUUGGUAACCGGCGGGAGCGACGACAGUGUUGAUAAGACACGAGUGACCCCGGUGUCAGAGGAGGAAAGAGUAGCCAAGCGUAGGGAGCAGUGGCGGAUAAAAAAGAGGGAACAGAGAGCGAAGCUGGCAGCUAGGUCGACGAAAAGCAGAGAGCGAACACAAUUCACAGGAACAACGCUCCCGAGGCCGGUAACGCAGAAGGCAGGGGUAUCGCACGGUGGAGGUCUCAAACAUCCCCCUCCCCUAUCUUCUGUACAAAGUAUGUGCCCAAAACAAAGCGUGAGUAGCCCCAGGCCUCGAGAGGCACCUGCCAAUCGCUUACUGCAGAACGCUCGAGUGACGCUUGAUUCAUCUUCUGUGCCUCGACUUGUCAAGAAAGAGGAGAAAACGGACGAGGAGUCGGGGCCAGCCAGGUUGAACCCAGUUGGACCUAGUCCGAAUCAGAACACGUUAUUAAUUAAAGUAGAAAACCCGCAGGUCUCUAGGAAAGCACAGCCCGCUUUCACGCCUAACGUCAAGGUGGAACGAAGGAUAGAUUACCCCAGGAAGUUUUCGAACCACGCGUAUUUUUCCAACGUCAACCGGGCGAUCGCCAGAUGCCGAACGCCGCGGCAGAGACUCGUCGAAACGCAGAAGUGUUUCUCCAAUCAACGGAACUUAAGAGUCAAGUUCCCGUCCCUCGCCGCCAUCUACAAUUCGCGGAACGUCCCCAAAAUCCUCCCUAACGAGUCUCCCGAGCAGACGGCCUCCAGACGGAGGGAGUACUGGCGCAUCAAGAAGCGGGAGCAGCGCGCCAAGCAGUCCCUGGAGGUGAAGGCCCAGCUGAAGGAGAAGGACUCCCUGAUGAGGAGAGUCAAACGUUACCAGAAGAUCCUGGAGGAGAUGAGGAGGGCCCGAGCGCAGACCGUCGCCCUGGGGGGCCGGUCGACGGGCGGGAUGCUCACCCACGCCUCGGAGACCAUCGGCGGGUUCAUCAAAGAGGACGGGACGGUGACCGUCAGCCUUCCCCCGGUGCCGACGGACACGGCGGCGGCGGCGGGGCACGAGGCGGAACAGACCUCUUGUCUGCUCUCCGACGAUGGCGUCGUCGCGCACUCGCCGCAUCCGUCUCACGCCGGGCCUCUGGGCCACGGCAGGGACGCCGCGCUCGGGUACUCGGGACGGCUCGGCCACCGCCCGCCCCCGCCGCUGCGUCCGGCUCAGGUCCGAGUCACGCUGCCGCGGGACGGCCAGUCCGCCAACAAGCCUCCGCGCCUGCUGUCCAUCAGGCCCAGGACGCACUUUCAGAGAUCGGCCGCGGCGCACUCCAACCGCUCGGCGGGGCACAACGCCGCUCAGAUCACUCUCACGCACCCUCCGUUUCCCCGGGCCGCCGGGUCCGAGGUGUCAGCGACGGGGGUCAGCGGCGGCGGCGGCGGAGGCUGCGUCAUGAAGAUGGCGGUCUCUUCGCUGUUGGCGCCGCCGUGUGAGGACGCGGGGCUGACCGAGGAGCAACGCAUGGCCAAGAAGAGAGAGUACUGGAGGGUGAAGAAGAGGGAGCAGAGGGCGGCCCGGGCCACUAAGCUGAAGCACGGCUUAUUGCCGGCGUGGGACGCAGCCAUGCAAAGGAGGAAGACCCACAAGCAGACGCCCCUUCAGCGGUCGGCCAUGACGGCCAAUACCGCUACGCAAAUCAGGAAUUCUGCCAAACAGAAAAUGAACGUCCUCCCCUCCUGUAAUGUUAAUGUGCCUAAUCCUCAGCAGGCGAAGCAGAUCAAAGUGGAGAGGGAACCCGUACCGGCCUCUGACCUAAACAUUCGACCUGAACGAGCCAUCUGUCCAAUCAAACAGGCCCCCUCGCCGUCGCCUCCGCUGGCCUUGCCUCAGCCAGAGCCCGAUCCAACCCUGAGUGCCGAAACCCAGGCGACCACUCUUCUCGCCGUGGCCUCCAUGAAAAAGCUGCUGGAAGAAUCCCUCAGCACCGUGACUGAAUGUCAGCCCGCCGCCAUAAAAACAGAGCCGCCGCCUCCUUGUAAAGCCGAGAGAGAGGAGGACGUCUCAGACGAGCACUUGGUGCAGGAGAUGAAAUCGGAGAUCCCGGAGGCCUCCCUAGGAGGAGAAGAAGACGACGACAAGCUGCCGUUGGCUGCCAACCUGACGCUGCAGAUCAAAAGCUGGCAGGCGGACCCUGAUGACUCGGGGCAUGCCUGUCCGCGAGACCCUUACCCUUAUGCCUCAACCCAGACCGGCGAAUCCUCCACCCCGCUGUCCUCCACAACCCCGGACCCCCAGUGCCCCACUGCCUUAGGCGAGGGGGGUCCGACGCAGACGUUGUCUCCCCUACGUCGGGCCAAAAGGCUGUGCACCAAAAAGUCGGGCAAUCACCUUCAGCAUUGUUGCUCCUCAGAGCCGCCGAGGCUGCACCACUCCCCCGCCACGCCGCCGCCGCCGCCACAGAGGGUGCAACCGGCGGCGCCGCCUUCACGAUGCCUACUGCAGCCUCGGCCGUCCGCUCCGCAGCAACCGUUCAGGAGGCCGCUGUUCGUGGAGCCUGUGGGAGGGGAGGGCGGUAUGAGCUGUGGCAACAGCCUGCAGGAGAAGAGGGAGUACUGGAAGCUGAAGAAGAGACAGCAGAGAGCCCGCUCAAAAGCCAGGCAGAAGGGGGGGCCGGGUCACAGACAGAACAGCAGGCUCUCGUCCCAAAACAACGCACAGACUCUGAAUCCCCUCUCGGUCAACCACGCCCCGUCGGGGAAGAGCCCGACGAGUCCGCCGGCCAAACGCUGCCUGCAGCCCAAGGCCCCCACCGCCACUCUCACCGCGGUGCACAGCAUCCCCACGCUGCUGGUGGUCAGUCCCACCGCGUCCAACGACGGGCGCUCCCCCGACCUGCUCCAGGUCAAACCGCCGGUCUGCAGCUCCACCUCCUCGCCUGGCCGGGGCCGGCGCGAGGUCAACGCCCGGCCCUCCGGCACGUCCUGUGACCCCGACGCGUCGGAGUGCCACAAGGGCGCGACGGCGGACGGCGACGUCGACGUCCCCUCGUCCGACGGGGUGUCGGACGCCGAGCUGCGUCUGGCGGAGAAGCCGACGCCCGAGUCCAGAGUGAGGAGGUGGACCGUGCACGAGAAUAGCAACGCGGCGCCGGCUCUCGCUACUCUCACCCCCCCAGACAACCCGCUGUCCAGCAUCAACCUCUUCCCCAUCGAGCCCCUCGCUCCGACCUCGGGUCGCCACGCCUCUUACGGCAGCCCCGUGAGGCCCGCCCACACUCAGCCCCCCAAGCCCAAACCCGCGCAUGCCUCCCCGACCAAACUGGUGCCCUUAAGCACCCUGGCCCCCCCGAAACCCAUCCCGGGGGAGUCCCAGGAAGAGUUCCUGAGGCGGAAGAGGGAGUACUGGAGGGUCAAGAAGAAGGAGCAGAGAGCGAGGAAGGCCAUCCGGGACCGGGAGCUGUCCCAAAGGAGAGCGCCUGGCAACUGGAAGCCCAUUAGGCCCGCUAAGGACCAAGAGCGGCCCCAAUACACCGAGAACCAGGACCUGGGAGAUUGUGACCCUGCCUACGAGGACUCGGAACGUCUUAUGAGCUCGACCUCAGACGCUGAAAUGGGCUAUUAUUCGUACUCAAGCGACACUGUCCAGCUAGAAGACGGCGACCCCGACCACGGCUUCGCCGACCACGGCUGCGGCGGCGGCCUCCUGGACGCCGACCACGGCUGCGGCGGCGGCGGCGGCGGCGGCGAGGACCUGGGCUCCGUCUCGGACGGCGCGUGGCGGAGCCGCUACCUCAUGGACCACGACCCGCUGAACCAGCUGCUGGUGUGCAUGGUGUGCGGCGACCUGCUCUACUCCCACAGCCUGGAGGGCGUCCGGGCCCACAUCGAGGAGGCCCACCCGGACACCCUGAACCUGGAGCCGCCCGAGUGCCGGCGCAUCCUGGACGCCUGGGACGAGCAGGUGUCCCAGCGGGAGCGCUUCUUCACCAGCCAGCUGCAGCAGCACGGAGCCACUCUGGCAGAAGCGAACGGGAGCUAAAUUGGAAAAACCUCAAAGGGACAAGAAACAAAAGAUUACACACCAGAGAUGACCAUCAUGUUCCCUGUCAUCUACCGUUCUUCUUUUCUGUGAUUGCGAUGGCUUUUGUUGAUCACUCAUCUCAGUCAUCUUCAACCGACCAAUCUCCCAAUCCAUCGUCCCCUCACUCACAAACAAGACCCAGAGAUACUUGAACUCCUUCACUUGGGGUAAGGACUCAUUCCCCCCCCCCCCCCCCCCCCUUUGUUCAUGGGCUACUUUUAAUUGAAUGCUGUACAGGGAACACGCCUACAAGUUUGUUUAUAUUUUACCUAAUUUCUAACGGAAACACAGAGCACAAGUCUUAACAAGGUUUUUUGUAAUAUUGUAAUUAUUUGGAAAGAGUUGACAAAUUGCAGACUGUUUACUAUGUUAUUACUGCACAAAUAAACGGUUGAUACAGUAUGUAUACUCUUAACUAAAUUAUGCAUGUCAUUUUCUAGCUGCUUAAUGCAUUAGUGACCUUACACCACUGAUUGCCAGCUUUUUUAAAAUUUGUACCCAACCUUCUUAGACAGGUGUAGAUCUAGUUAGAACAUCAACUCCACUUCACCAUGCGAAAAAAAACAUGUCGACUGUAAACAUGAAACAAGACUUUUUUUUGUUACAAUCAAGUUAUAUGUAAGUAAUAUGCCAAAUCGUUUACUUGUACAAAUUGGGUUUCUUACAAUCCACCUUUCAAUGGAAAUGUAACCUUGUUUAUUUAUUGCAAGCUUCGUCAUACAGCUUGUUUAGUUAUUAUUGGUAUGCCUAGCUAGUUUUGUGUUGAUUCUCAUCUGUGGAUACUCCACUUUUUCUUGCAUGUGCUGUAAGUGGAUGCACAGCGGGUUCAAAAUGGGCUCUGCGAUGCGUUUACAAGGUGACCAAUUCAUUGGCUCUCUAAUGUUGUAUGUUCCAUUGAGCACAUAGUCUUUAACUCGUCAUUUUAUAUUUGAAUAAAACCAGAGGAAAAAAAAACCUGCACGACAAGUUUGGUAUCGGUAACAAAUCAAGCCAUUUGAGAAUGUAAUUUUGAAGCUAACUCGUAUGUUGUUUAAAAAAAGGAAUGCUUUUUUUUCUGAACAAAUAAAUAUUUUAUACCUUU